UUCUCACUGCCACCGUCUCUUUGUUAGGAAGUCAGCAAAGAACCUCAACAAAUCAUUUUUCACUUCAUUUUGGGAAAAUUUACAUCCAAACUUUGUCCAAUAUGAAUUUCAGAGGCUCCAGCGUUUAUCAGAUUCCUGCCACCCGGAUCUCCACCACCCGAACUGCUCCUCCGUCCCGGGCUGCCAGCCUUUAUGGAGGUGCUCAUGGCCCAAAUGUGCGUAUGUCCUCGACCUCCGCAUCUUCCCUGCGUUCUGGGGCUCCAGUCUCUUCUUCCUUUGGAUCUUUCAACCUGAGCAGUGCAGCUGGUGCUGGGACGUCUGCAGCUGCCGGUCCUUCAGCUGGGAUCCUGGGCAAUGAGAAGGGGGCCAUGCAAAACCUGAAUGACCGCCUGGCCAACUAUUUAGAAACAGUUAGGAACCUGGAACAGGCCAACAAGGAGCUGGAGAUGAAGAUCAGGGAAGCCCUGGAGAAGGGAGGACCUGACACGAGAGACUACAGCAAAUAUGAGCCCAUCAUCGAUGACCUGCGGAGACAGAUCUUUGAUAAGAUAGGGGAUAACGCUCGCAUGGUGCUCCAGAUUGACAACGCCCAGCUUGCUGCUGAUGACUUUAAAGUAAAGUUUGAGAACGAGACUUCGAUUCGUCAGUCCGUGGAGGCCGACAUCGGUGGACUGAAAAAGGUCAUAGAUGAGACCAACGGGAGCAGGAUGAACAUCGAGAAUGAGAUUGAAGCAGUGAAGGAGGAGCUCCUUUACCUGAAGAAGAACCAUGAAAAUGAAGUGAUGGAGCUGAGAAGUCAGAUCUCUGGUUCAGGCGUUCAGGUGGAUGUGGAUGCGCCCAAAGGUCAAGACCUGGCUCAGAUCAUGGAGGACAUGAGAGCAAAUUAUGAGAAGAUUGCUACUAAGAAUGUGGAGGACCUCAAACGCUGGCACGAAAACCAGAUUGCAGAUAUUCAGGUCCAAGUGUCACAGAACACAGAAGCUCUCCAGGGAGCCCAGGUGCAGAAGAAUGACUUAAACAGACAGAUACAGACACUAGAAAUUGAACUUGCAUCUCAGCAGAGUUUGAAAGGCUCUUUAGAGGACACCCUUCGCAACACGGAGCUGCGCAACAACAUAGAGACGGAGAAGCACAAUGCUCUGAUUGUCCGUCUGGAGGAAGAACUGGGGAACCUGCGGGCUAAUAUCAAAAACCAAACCCAAGAGUACGAGGCGCUCCUCAACAUGAAGAUGAAGCUUGAAGCUGAGAUAAGCACUUACAAGAAUCUGCUGGAUGGGGAAGACUUCAAGUAAGGCUUAGAAGAAGAAACAUAAGAUGAUGGGGGUUUUCAUGACUGGGCUUCAGGAUGCAUUGGAGGAACUGGCAGCCACAAUGUAAAGGGAUGGGAGAGCCAAACACAGUUGAUGCUUCAAGACUUCACAGGACCCCGUUCAAACCAGCAAAAUCUGCACCUCAAUGAUACCGAAAUGGAUCACAAACCCUGCAAAAUUAAAUAAAACAUGACUAUAAAACAUUA